GACCCCGGAAAAUAUCUUAUACCAAUCCACCAGUUAGUUAUUCUGUACUUUCUGGGAAUUUGUUUGUAAGGAAAGAAAGAAAGAUCCUUCUUUUACGUCGCUUUUCCCUUUCCAUUUUUGUUUUUUCAACAAAAUGAAUUGUCUUCAGAACUUCCCCAGGAUUUAUGCCUCGCCAUUUGAGUUGUUCAAACCUCAUGAAGCUAAAUCUUCAAGCUUUGUUCAUAUGAUGCCUGUGAUGAUGGAUGCUACUGAUCUGGAUUUUCGCCGGAGUGUGGUUUUAAAGGCAGUUUCUGGCUCUAAAUCCAGCAGUGAGAUGAAUGAAGUUGCAGAAGAGAAAAAAUCAGACGAAUACAGUGAUACCAUGACAGAAGCUAUGGGUGCUUCUCUGACUUAUAGGCAUGAAUUGGGGAUAAACUAUAAUUUUAUUCGUCCAGACUUGAUUGUCGGUUCAUGCUUACAGAGUCCUGCAGAUGUUGACAAGCUUCGAAGUAUUGGUGUUAGAACUAUUUUCUGUCUCCAGCAAGAUCCUGAUCUACAAUAUUUUGGCGUUGACAUCAAUGCUAUUCAGAAGUAUGCAGAGAAAUUUACUGAUAUUGAACAUAUACGUGCUGAAAUAAGGGACUUUGACGGGUUUGAUUUGCGGAUGAGGCUUCCAGUCGUAGUGAGCAAAUUAUAUAAGGCUAUCAAUCGAAAUGGAGGCAUUGCAUACAUACAUUGUACUGCUGGAAUGGGGAGAGCUCCUGCUGUUGCUCUGGCCUACAUGUAUUGGGUUCAAGGAUACAAGUUAAAUGAAGCCCACAGAUUAUUGCUGAGCAAACGUUCCUGCUGCCCAAAAUUGGAUGCUAUUAAAAGUGCAACAGCUGACAUUCUUACAGGUCUUGAGAAGAAGUCGAUCACACUCAAAUGGAAAGAUCAAAGUUGUACCAAUGUUGAAAUAUCUGGUCUUGAUGUUGGUUGGGGCCAGAAAGUUCCACUGAAAUUUAACAAGGAACAAAAUGCAUGGAGUCUGCAGCGAGAACUGAUGGAAGGACGUUACGAGUACAAGUAUAUUGUUGAUGGUGAAUGGACCUACAACAAGAAUGAACUUGUCACUCCUACAAACAAUGAUGGUCAUACCAACAACUACGUUGAGGUUUCUGCUGAUGAUCCAGAUAGUGAUAGAGCACAAGUGAGGAAGAGGUUGACCGGGGAAGAUCCCGAUCUUACCACAAUUGAACGAACCAAAAUACGAAAGUUUCUUGAGGAAGUCUCGGAUCAUGAAUGAUAUGCUGAUGUUUUCAACUAUCUUGUAAAAUAAUGUAAAAUCGGUAUGAAAUAAGACUCCAAGGCACCUUAAUAGUGCAACCAUCUAGUUCAUACUAGUCAAUCACUAUUUAUGUUAUUAUACAGAUUGGCGAAUGUAUGAAAUCUUUGAUUAGAAGUUAACUAAUAAAAGUAAUUUUGGCAA